AACGUACUAGAACAAAGCGACUGAAUAGACUUCCGGUAGAAUAAAUGUACAAAACAUCAUUAGGCUAGUUUAAACCGUCAAAUGCGAGACAUAUCAGAAAGGAUUAAUUAUAUACGCUAGUACGCUUUCAACCUCGCAAGGUUGUAUUUUGCAACAAUAUGUACAGUGUGGCUUCGGUACAAUUCUUUAAUAAAAGCAUUAAGUUUUAUUGUGAAGGAUGCAAUUUUUUUUCGUUGUUAGUUGCUGACGUAUCCUGUAACUACCGGCUGCAAUUUCAUCAGUCAGCUGUUGAUCAGUUCAGACAAACCUUCCCCAGAGCUGUCUGCCUAUUUGAAUUUAACAAACACAAAGUGUAAUAAAUCAGAUUUCAUCAUGAAUAAUGACACAGAGAUCGACAUGAAGGAAGUGGAGCUCAAUGAGCUGGACCCCGAGAAGCAGCCCAUGACAGGCGAUGGUCAGGCUGCAGGCGGAGAGAAAAAUGGCAGCGUCAAGCUGAAGGUCCCAGAGGACGAGGUUACAUUCACAGGCCUGUCCAAGGAGGAGCUCAUGAAGGUUGCUGGCACUCCAGGAUGGGUGCGAACCCGUUGGGUGCUUCUUGUCCUCUUUUGGCUGGGCUGGGUAGGCAUGCUGGCUGGAGCCAUAGUGAUCAUAGUCCAGGCCCCUCGCUGCAAACCCAUCCCUGAGAUGAACUGGUGGAACGAAGGACCUCUAUACCAGAUUUCUGACCUGCAAGCUUUCUCUGAGCGAAUUUCAGGUGUUGAGGCAAAGUUGGAUGAAAUCAACAAGCUGAAGGUGAAAGGUCUGGUUCUCGGCCCUCUUCACACUGUCCAAAAAGACCAAGUGAACACCCUGAAUCUUGAAGAGAUCGACCCGACCCAGGGAAAUAAGGAAGAACUGGCCGCUCUGUUGGAGAAGGCCCACAGGAAGGGCAUUUCUGUGGUGCUUGACCUGACUCCAAACUACGAGGGAGCCGAUCCCUGGUUCAGCACCGCUGAUGUUAAUAAUGUGAUGGAGAGAGUUAAGGCUGCAGCUGAGCACUGGAUAAAGCUGGAUGUUGAUGGCAUCAAGAUACCUGACCUCAAGGUUGCAGCCAACUCUGUUGAUUGGCCAAUGCUGCAAGGUGCCGUCCAGGCCAACCACACCAAGAAGAAGUUGCUGAUGGGUGUGGCUCAGAGCAUUUCUCCUGUAGAGCUGUCUCAGCUUGUCAAUACCACAGGUGUAGAUCUGGUCCUGUCUGACCUGCUCAGCAGCAAAAAUGAAGGUCGUGAGCGCAUUGUGGCCAUGGACGCCCUUCACUCUCAGCAGAGAAAUGUGGGCUGGGGACUCGGUGCCGCCCAACAGGGCCAGCUGUCUAAACUAGCAACAACUCCGGGUCUGAUCCGUCUCUACCAGCUCCUGCUGUUCACCAUGCCGGGAACCCCAGUGUUUACCUACGGAGAUGAGAUCGGCCUUCAGGCAGUUGGUUCAGAAUCUCCAAAGAUGGUCUGGGACAUAGAGAAAGAACCUGCUGAAGGAGCUGCUGUCAAUGAGACUGCUGAGGCUGAGCGCAAGGAGCACGUUGCUGUCAGGAAAUGGUUCAAAUCCCUCAGCGACCUGCGAGGCAAAGAGCGAUCUCUGCUCCACGGCGACUACUAUCCUCUGUCCUCCUCCGCUACCGCCCUCUCUUUCCUCAGAGUGUGGGACCAGAGUGAGAGAUAUGUAAUAGCUGUCAACUGGGGGACAAACCCUGAGACGCUCACACUCAAACUGGAACCUACAGAAGGAGUCAAGUUGCCGGAAACGGCCACGGUGAAGCUGUCGACAGAUGACGCAGUGGAGGUGGAUUCUACUGUCAAACUGGACAAAAUCACCCUCGCACCUGGAACAGCACUCCUGCUGCAGUUCCCCUAUACAGGCUAAAGAUGGAGCCAAACUAUAGGGAAGCUACCUACAGAUUAGACUUGUUUUUAAAAAAAGAAGCUACAGUCAGUCAGAAUCUUUAGGAAUAACAUGGCAUAUUCAAAAGAUACAGGAAAUUUAAUUUUGCCUUUUUAUGACAUAAAACUUUCUGUCACAUUAUUUACUAAGAAUAUAAAUUAAUUGGAAAACACGCCGUACAAAUACAGAAUGGUGGCCAGUGCAAACUCUGUUAAAUUAUUUUGUUUUUUUUUAAUAACUUUUUUUUUAGUUUACUUAUUGUCAUUUCCUCUGCUUGGAAAAUAUGCAGCCACCUCAGACUUGCACUCAUCAGAUGAGCAUUUUGUUCUAUUGUGAUCUUUUAUUGUUUUCUAUCUGUAUCUUGUCCAAAUAUGUAAACCACAUUCCAUUCUUGUUCUUUGGGCAUUUUUAAGUAGUCCUUUAUGGGGUUUUUUAAUACGUUUUAAGAAGUUUUGUUUAAGUGACAGUUUUACUUUCUUUAUUUCAUGGAUUUUUUUUUUUCUCAGUGAAAGCAUCUGUCAAACAGGAAAAACAAGUUAACUUUGAACAUGUGUGGUGACUCUGUUUGAAGUCUUUUGAGUGCCAGCACACAAAAUUGUUGCAAAUAGCAUCAAAUCUGUCAAGUGAACUGAAUUGGAAACAAAUAAACAGAAAGUUCUGUAUCGAC